CCAUUUCAACUCUAUGCUUAGUAACUACAAAACCAUUGCCAACCAGUGUGUGAGAAAGCUGCCAUUAUGAGGUCUGAGAAGUCAGCUUUGGUAUUUCUGCUCCUGCAGCUCUUCUUUGCUGGCUAUGGAUUCUGUGGGAAGGUCCUGGUAUGGCCCUGUGACAUGAGCCAUUGGCUUAAUAUCAAAGUCAUUCUGGAGGAGCUCAUAGCGAGGGGCCACGAGGUAACCGUAUUGACUCACACAAAGACUUACUUAAUUGAUUAUAGGAAGCCUUCUGCACUGAAAUUUGAGGUGGUCCAUAUGCCUCAGGACAAAACAGAUGAUCAAGAAAAAUUUGUGGACCUAGUUCUGAAUGUCUUGCCAGGCUUACCACCCUGGCAAUCAGUUAUAAAAUUAAAUAAUUUUUUUGUUGAAAUAAGAGAAACUUUCAAAAUGACGUGUGAGAGCUUUAUCUACAAUCAGACACUUAUGGAGAAGCUACAGAAAACCAACUAUGACGUAAUGCUUAUAGACCCUGUGAUUCCAUGUGGAGACCUGAUGGCUGAGUUGCUUGCAGUUCCUUUUGUGCUCACACUUAGAGUUUCUGUAGGAGGCAAUAUGGAGCGAAGCUGUGGGAAACUUCCAGCACCACUUUCCUAUGUACCUGUACCUAUGACAGGACUAACAGACAAAAUGACCUUUCUGGAAAGAGUACAAAAUUCAAUGCUUUCAGUUCUCUUCAACUUCUGCAUUCAGGAUUAUGACCAUCAUUUUUGGGAAGAGUUUUAUAGUAAGGUAUUAGGAAGGCCCACUACAUUAUGCGAGACUGUGGGAAAAGCUGACAUAUGGCUAAUACGAACAAAUUGGGAUUUUGAGUUUCCUCAACCAUACCAACCUAAUUUUGAGUUUGUUGGAGGAUUGCACUGCAAACCUGCAAAACCUUUGCCUAAGGAAAUGGAAGAAUUUGUCCAGAGUUCAGGGGAAGAUGGUAUUGUGGUGUUUUCUCUGGGGUCAGUGUUACAAAAUGUUCCAGAAGAAAAAGCUAAUAUCAUUGCUUCAGCCCUUUCCCAGAUUCCACAGAAGGUGUUAUGGAGAUACAAAGGAAAAACACCAUCUGCAUUAGGAACCAAUACUCAGCUGUAUGAUUGGAUACCCCAGAAUGAUCUUCUUGGUCAUCCCAAAACCAAAGCUUUUGUCACUCAUGGUGGAAUAAAUGGGAUCUAUGAAGCUAUUUACCACGGGGUCCCUAUGGUGGGAAUUCCCAUAUUUGGUGAUCAGCCUGAUAACAUCGCUCACAUGAAGGUCAAAGGAGCAGCUGUAGAAAUAAACUUCAAAACUAUGACAAGUGAGGAUUUACUCAGGGCUUUGAGAACAGUCAUUAAUGAUUCCUUUUAUAAAGAGAAUGCUAUGAGAUUAUCAAGAAUUCACCAUGAACAACCUGUAAAGCCCCUGGAUCGCGCAGUCUUCUGGAUUGAAUUUGUCAUGCGCCACAAAGGAGCCAAGCACCUGCGGCCAGCUGCCCACAACCUCACCUGGUGCCAGCACUACUCUAUAGAUGUGAUUGGGUUUCUGCUGGCUUGUGUGGCAACUGCUAUAUUCUUAGUCACAAAAUGUUGUUUGUUUUCCUGUUCAAAAUUUAAUAAAAUCAGAAAGAUAGAAAAGAGGGAAUAGAUCUGCCCUAAUUUUGGAAAGACCUGAUGAGGUGAUCCUGUUAAUUCCAGCCACAAAUAAUUUAAUGAAAACAUGCUACUUUCCUAUUUUUAUAUUUUAUCUUAGCUAUACAGCCUAGAAUCCCACAGAUCAUUAACUUGUGAAUAUGUUGCAUUCUUUUUUUCUAAUUUCCCUUGAUGUCCUUACUCUCUUCUCUCACUUUGUGAAACAGUGACAUGAAUACCUAUUUCUGAUAGCACUGUUUUCAUGAUGUCAUUACUUCUAUAACCUUAAGUGAUAGGGUGACCUCCAAUGUGCUGAUUCCUGGUGAGUGC